UUGAGAACAAGUACCAGUUCCUAAUAACAUUCACCUCAAAGUGCUUUACAUUCUAAGAAAAACUGAUAAUCUCAGAACUCCUAUGAGCAAGCACUUGGCAACAGUGGGAAAGAAGAAAACCUCAAGGAGGGGGGAGGAGAAAAGACCAACAUGCAACAUUAUAUAAGAUUAAAACCCUUCUCAGCGCACAACAGCAACAACAAACAUACCUUAACCUGUUAAUUUUGCCUCUUUUACACCACCACAGUGGAGUUUAAACCAGGCAUAAAGAUGUUUGAAGUGCAGAUUCUCUGAUUUCAUUAAAGGGGUUUUACAAAACACCUCCAUUCACUGCUUAACAAUUAUGGCCAUUGGCUGACAACCAGUUUCAUGUCCAACUGAGGCCUGUUUUCUCAUUAUUCCAGGAUAAACCGUAAUAUGAGAUCCAAGGAUAUAUUGAUGGAAAUGAAGGAGGAUACCAUAAGACUGAAAAACCAAAUACGAGUAGUUUUCACUGUGUUGUAGACCUUCUGUAUUUAUUUUCUUAAUCAAAUGUAGACGUUUGAAGAAUAGGCCUACCAGAGAGUGUUCUUGACUUUGUUAGAUGUUGUUUCUCUUAACCAUGCACAUAAUUCUGUCUUUGAGCACCAUAUUUGUCUCCUGUGGUACCUCAAGCAAGUUCAUCACUUGGAGUCCAUUCCAACUCCAUAUCUUCUAUCUGCACCAUUUAUCAUUAAAUAACAAAGAAACAGAUCUCACCUGGCCAUGAAACUGCGUGUCAGACGAUAAUUUUUAAGUAUUGGAAAAUGGGAGACUAUAAAUGGCUGUAAUUUCUAAAAAGUUAAUGCAAUACUUUUGUAAAAUGCUUUGAGUUAAAGCUAAAAGUUUGCACUUCAGUCACACUGUUCGAGUUCUGUUUGAUCUGAAAUCUUCUGUGGUUGCGUACAGAGGCAAGAGUGGACAGCAUAGAAAGACAUUCACGGGUAUGACCAAUUUAGAAUCGUUACUUAAGUUUGAUGAAUGUUAUUCGGACCCUCAGGAGUACCAUGCAGGCACAUGCAAGCUCCACACAGAAAGGCCCCAGCCAUCCAACAUGAACCAGUAACUGUCUUGUUAACCACUUUACCACCGUGACACCUGCCUGUCCUUACCUAGCUUGUAAAGUUAAAAUUGUUGGGUUUUGUGUAUUUGUAUUUUUGCUUUGCGCAUGAAGGCCACUGUAAUACAUUUAUCUGACAGUUUUUAUUACAGUUGUAAGGUUAACAAGAUCCAUCAAGAUUUGUUCGUGUAAUCUUCAGUCAUGGUUUUGUUUAACUUCAUGUUUGAAGACUAAAUUAUCCGACAUUUCUUUAGAGAAAAUAGUCAAAAGAAUGUAAACAAAUCUCUGUAUCAAAACUAUUUUUUCAUCUUCCCUGCUGCAUUCAUCUUCUCAGACAUAGAUUGAUGGAUAGAUUAUUGAUUUGAUUGGGCAUUUAAGGUUAGCAAGAUCAAAACUGGAAUAAGACUCCAAAUUCUGAAGGUAAUAUGGAAGUAAAAAUUGAGCAGCCACCAGCACCUCUAAACAAAUAAAUCUGCCUUGUGACCCUGGUCAUGAAUGUUUAACAGUGUGCAUGGUGGAAUUUGGACAUUUUCCAUCAGCCGUAGUUACAGAUAAACAUAUGAAGACAGACUGACCUCAGCGUGCUAAAAUUCUGAUGGACUCAACCUUCGACUAAUCACCGGUUCAUCUUCUGAAGCAAUUCCAGGUUCUCAGAGUUGGAGCAUGAACACCUUUGUGACUCUCUCGACACGGCAGAGGAUGCCCGUGAUUGGACUCGGCACAUGGAAAAGUACCUCGGGACAGGCAGGGACAUAAACACUCACACAGAGUUAGCAGGUCCAACAAAUGUUUUUGGACAUGGUGGAAUUUUAAAGCUUACGUCUGUCUCUGCGUGUUCUCAGGUGAAGCAGGCGGUGCAUACAGCUUUAGAGUGUGGAUACAGGCACUUUGAUUGUGCUGCUGCUUAUGAGAAUGAAAAGGAGGUUGGAGAGGCUCUGGCUCUCUGGGUGGGUCCAGGAAAGGCUCUGCAGCGUGAAGAAGUGUUUGUGACUUCCAAACUGUGGAACACCAAACACGACCCCCAGGAUGUUGAAGAGGCAUGCAGGACCAGUUUAGCAGAUCUGGGUCUCUCCUACCUGGAACUUUACCUCAUGCACUGGCCCAUUGCAUUUCAGAGGGGGAAGGAACUGAUGCCUCGAAAGGAAGAUGGAAGCAUUUGUUACUCUGACACACACUACAGGGAUACUUGGACUGCCAUGGAGAGCCUCGUAGAUAGAGGGCUAGUCAAGGCUAUAGGUCUGUCCAACUUCAAUGCCAGGCAGACUGAUGACAUCAGCAUGGCCAGACACAAACCUAUAGUAAACCAGGUUGAAUGCCAUCCAUAUUUGUCUCAAGCAGAUCUCCUCUCACACUGUCGCUCAGUGGGAGUUUGUGUGACAGCUUACAGUCCUCUGGGCAGUGGAGACAGACCCUGGGCCUCCGCUAAUGAACCAAGUCUGCUAGCAGAUCCUCGACUGGGAGCCAUAGCCCAAAGAUACAAGAAGACACCGGCCCAGGUUAUACUCCAGUGGCACAUUCAGAGGGGUGUUGUGUGUAUUCCCAAAAGCGUGACGCCUUCCAGAAUCCAGCAGAACUUGAACGUGUUUGACUUUUCCUUGUCAGAAGAGGACACGAAGAGCAUUGAAUCCUUCAAUCACAACAAGCGUUUCAUCGCUCCAACAGUCGAGGUAAGUCACCAAGUCUCCUUGGCACCUAAAAACAAUUCUGAACUGCUUCUUCCCCCAGAGCCUAAAUAUUUAGAUGUUUAUAUACCAAAGCAUGAACUAUUGUAGUCUCCCUCUGGAGAAGGCUCACAGCUGGUGAUUUCAGUAGGUCUUGGAUUUUAAACAGUUUCUCAGAAGUGUUUGGAGUUAGUUGGGUAUAGUAGUACAUUAAUAGGCAAAUUAUUAAAAUAAACCAUUAACUACAAUUUGCAUUUGUUUCUACAGAGAGAGAGUGUGGAGAGAUGCUGAACAUCCUCAUUUCCCCUUCCAUGAUGCUUACUGAGUCUCCAGCAAAGUCAAUGUAUACUUUUUAAGAAGAGUUGUCACUAUGACUAAUUUCAUAGCAAUUUUAGUUCAGUAAUUUUGAUCAAUUUUCACCCCCCGUUACAUUUUCAGUAUGGGGGAAGAAAAAAAAAGAAAAAAAAAAGAAAAAAAAUCCAAGCAGCAGUGUUUCUCUCACAGUUACAGUGACACUGUGUGGACAGAAACUGAACAGUAUCUUAGCCCAGUGACAGCACUACUGAUCACGUCUUUAUACUUUCACUCUGCUGGCAGCAGAGAACAGACAGAUCUCAUCAACUACAAACUGCCCUGUAAAGAGUUUUAGUGUCUGGUAGAAGAAGUAGGGG